AAUCUCUCCGCAAUCAGUGCCUCCGGCUCUCAAUUCUUAAAGUUUCAGCCGCUUCACGUGACCGGAAUCUGACGUCUUCCUCGCCGCCGCUGCCGACUACGACGAGCACUGGAGAUAUUCUUCAGAACCUCGCCGUCUCCUUUGUUCUCUUCCUGGGGUUAGGCUUCGGCAUUCGGGCCUUGCCGGCAUCCGCCUGUACCAGGCUUCCUCCUGUUAUUGCUUCCGUUGUGAACUGCCAAUUCCAGGAGUGCGUGCAAAGGUGAGAGCAUUAUUUGUGGGGCCUUUCGCAUGCCUAGAUACCAUGUUGAAAACUGAAAGAAGUCAAUGAAAAAGAUAAGUUGGCUAUAUCUUAUACUACCAUAUGAAGAUUGAAGUUAAGAGUUCUCCAGAUUCUAAGAGUGAGGUGAAAAAAACGUUCUUGUUCAGUGUUGUGCAGCUGGUCCAGCCCAAAUUCCACUCAACUUUUUGCCCCGAUAGGUGCCUUGUCAGCGACCUUGGUGAUGUAAAAAAGUCAGAGAAUUUGGAAGAAGCUGAAGCUGAUGAAUUGAAGGCAGCUUUUGAGAGAUGGAAGUCCAAAACAUAUGCUUUGUCAGUUCCUUUAAGAGUUGUUGCUUUACGCAACUCACUCCCUUCUAUAUGGUUCCAGGAGUUCAUACAAUCCCAAGGAAAGAGAGUGAAGUUACAGCCAGAGUUUCGUCAAAACCUUAUGGACAUCUUUUCUGAACUUUGCCAGUCAAAUAACAAAGUAGCUGUUAGCCCAAAAUCUGCAAUGGCAGCUGAUGUUGUUACACUGGGUGAUUCUUGGCUCAGUUUUGCCAUAAAAGAGGGUUUGAUUCAGCCCAUCCAAGGGGUGGAAGAACAAGAUUGGUUUCGAGAUUUGACUGAGGACUGGAAGGGAUAUUUGCACAGGAGUACUGAUGGAAAUUUGGAUCCUCAAGGCAAAAUAUGGGCCGUUCCGUACAGAUGGGGAAGCCUGGUUAUAGCUUAUAAGAAAAGCAAAUUUCUAAAGCAUAAAUUGGCUCCCAUAGUGGAUUGGGCUGAUUUAUGGCGGCCUGAGCUAGCUGGGAAGAUUUCAAUGGUUGAUUCACCACGAGAGAUUGUUGGUGCAGUGUUAAAGUACAUGGGGGCUUCAUAUAAUACACACAACAUCACUUCUCAGGUUGCUGGUGGAAAAUCUGCUUUGAAAGAGAAGCUUGCAUUGUUUGCUAAACAGGUUCGACUUUUUGACAGCCAGUACUAUCUUAAAGCUUUCGGAGUUGGUGAUGUUUGGGUGGCUGUUGGGUGGAGUAGUGAUAUUCUUCCUGCUGCUAAAAGGAUGUCAAAUGUUGCAGUUGUUGUUCCAAAGUCUGGUGCUAGUUUAUGGGCAGACUUUUGGGCAAUACCUGCCACUUCCAGAGUUAAAACAGGUAAUGUUGGAGGACGAGUUAGAGGACCAUCUCCUUUGGUGUCUCAAUGGAUUGAAUUCUGUUUGCAAUCUGCAAGGGCACUAUCAUUUAAAGAAGAGGCUAUCCCAGGCGCAUUGCCUAUUGUCUUUCAAGAUCCUGUUCAAGGGUCUGGAAACCUUCAUAAAGGGCAGCCAAAGCUCGAAACAAACCUCGUUGCUUGCAUGCCUCCACCUGAUAUUUUGGCAAGGUGUGAAUUCUUGGAGCCGUUACCAGAAGACACAAUGGCUGAUUAUCAAUGGCUAAUUGCCAAUAUUAAGAAACCUAAACAAUCUGUGAUGCAAACAUUGCAGCAUUACAUCCUUUUGAUAGUUCGAUCUUUGCUGGCUAUUGUGCAGUCUAAGGGUGGUAUAACAAGCUGAUGCUCAUUACAGUAUAUUUGGUUUUUGCAUCAUAUUUUCAAGCAGUGUAAAUUGAUUUCUGCAAAAUGUUACAACACAUUCUUGUAGAGAGAAUAUUAAAUCUGAAUCACUUAUCUCUAGUUAUAAUCUUGAAUUUGGACAAUUCAUGCAAAUAUUAGUCCCAGAAUUUGGACAAUAAGA